GCAAAGCAGCCACUGCCUACUCAUAACUACGUAGCUGAACAAAUAUGUUGCUGCACACCUGCAUAACCUGUUCAUAGGGGUAUGAUAUGCUAAUCGAUGUGGCUGAGGAAAUGACUUCUAGCAUUGCGGUGUAACGAGAAUCUUUAAGUCAGGAUCGUGAAAGACUGUUUGUUCUGGGAUCUUGCUCUGCGGUGAUGAAUGAAGAAGGGAUGUACCGACUGACAACGUUGUGUGGGGGGCCCUUAGGAUUCCAAAUAUAAGAAUAGGAUUUGUGUAGACUCCAACAACUGAUGAAGAGCAGGCCAAAUUUGACCGAACAUGGCGGGAGAAAUAAGGAGGCUAUCACGCACGCUGCUGGACUGUCAGAAGAAUGAUGAACUGUGUGUUGUACGAGAGAAUCAGACUGAAGUAAUCAUCGUACCAGUCCUCUUGAUAGGGGUAUUUGUUAUUAUCUUAAGUGUCAUCCUUUGGCUCCAUUACCAGAGCAUGAAGGCAAAGCAGCAGGCUUCUCCAGAGUCCAGAGAAGAAGGUCAUGUCCCAGUAUCAAAAAAGAAGAAAAGCCCAGGAAAAACGGUCAGGAUAUCAGAACACACCACCAUCCAACUAAACGAGACAACCAGGAGUUCCUUGCUUAAAACUGCAGCCUUAACCUUCAAGGAGCUGGAGAUUCCACGUGAGAAAAUAUCCUGGGAGUCACUGAAGCUUAUAAGAAAUGGCAGCUUUGGGGGAAUCUACAGAGCAGAGCUGAAGACCAGCAACCCUGGGAAAACUCAGCCAGUCUUAUUGAAGGCCUUGAAAGAGUCUGCCAGCUCCCAUGAGAUUAAAGAUUUUAUGGAAAGGAUUAAGUUUUAUCAGUUUCUUGGUAAUCACGAAAACAUCAUUAAGUUAUUAGGGUGUUGUAUGCACCAGAUGCCUCUUUACAUGAUAUUGGAGGAUGCUUCCAACGGAAAUCUUUUGAACUUCCUUUGGACCUGCCGCAAGGAUGUAGUGACCAUGGACGGAUUGCCACUUGAUCUUACAGAGAGACAGGUCUAUAAAAUUGGACAACAAAUUGCGUCAGCUCUGGAUUUUCUUCAGGGGAAAAAACUAUUUCAUGGUGAUGUGGCAGCCAGGAAUGUCCUAAUUGGCGAUGCAUUUACUGUGAAGCUCUGCAGACUGGGACUGGCGUACAGAGGCCAUACCUGCGGUCCCAGCUCCAUCGCACAAACUGUUCCACUCAAGUGGCAGGCUCCAGAGCGACUUCUGAAGAAACCACCUAACAUCAAGUCAGACAUAUGGUCCUUUGGAAUCUUACUAUAUGAGAUGAUCACAUUAGGAGCGCCACCAUUUCCAGAGGUUCCCCCAUCUGAUAUCUUGCAACACCUUCAGAGGCAGCACACUAUGAAGAGGCCUUCCAGCUGUCAGCCAGCCAUGUAUAGCAUUAUGGAGGCCUGCUGGCACUGGACUCCAACAGAUCGCCCUUCCCCCACUGAGCUGAUCAGGAGGCUGCAAACAGGAAUCAAGACCAGUAAUGACCAGGCUGUGCUGCAAAUUCCGGAGGUGGUGGUGCCCGAGCUCUAUGCCACCGUAGCUGGGAUUGACUUGAGAGAUCUUCCCACUGACUACACAGUGUUCUAAAAAGGUGCCUUUUCAUAAUGUACAGAAGGCAGACACCGAGAAAUGGUAGUUUCUUAAGGCUAAUCCAGAAAGGAAAUGGCAUCAUUUCAGUUCACCAUGGAAAAACGAAGGAGAAAAUGAAGCUGGAUGUUAGGAAGCCUUCCUUAGUUACUGUAACGGAACAGGUGUGCAUCGUAAUAUUGUGCACAUUUUAUUGUAAGCAUGUGCAACUGACUUCCAUGGGUGACCCAUACAACUGUUCAUAGAACUGUAACUUUAGUAGUAGAAGAAGAAUUUAUAGUUACCCAGGAAAUGGCUUCGACUGGCUGGCUAAACCAGGUGAAGGUAGCCUGUGUGGCUGAUCAGGAAAGCCCAAAAUGGCAUAGCUGAUUGGUGGCUUUGUCUUCUUGUGUUAAUCUGCUGGCCCUAUGAGCUUAAAGGGGUUUGAUCUCCGUCAGCUUUUCCCAACCUGGUUGCCCUACCUACAGGGGCAGAGGAAGAG